CCUGGCGCUCGGAGGAGUCGCGGGGCAGCGGCGGCAUGGCCCGGGCGGGCGGCGGUGUGCGCCGCUGCUGCUGCUGGGCGCUCGUCCUCCUGUGGGCGGCGGCGGGCGGCCGCGCAGAACUCCGCUAUGCAACUGUGUACUGGAAUAGAGCUGAAAAAAUACUUCAGGUCAAGAAUACACUGGACAGGAGUGGAGAUGCUUAUGGCUUCUACAACAACAGUCUACAGACAACGGGCUGGGGAGUCCUGGAGAUCAGAGCAGGCUAUGGCUCUCAGACCUUAAGCAAUGAAGAUAUUAUGUAUGUUGCUGGCUUCUUGGAAGGCUAUCUCACAGCUCCACAGAUGUAUGACCAUGCUGCAAAUAUGUAUCCCCAGCUAAUUAAGACUCCCACCAUUCGAAGAGGAGUUCAGAAUUUUAUGGCGAAGCAAGACCAAUGGACAAGACAACAAAUCAGAAAUAAUAAGGAUGACCCAUUUUGGAGGCAUGCUGGCUAUAUUAUUGAACAGUUGGAUGGUCUGUACAUGGGAGCCCUCGAGUGGGCUAAGCUACAUAAAAUAACACCACUGAGCAACUUUGAUGUCCAGUUUCUGAAUGCAGUUGGAGACCUGUUGGACCUUAUUCCUGCAUUAUUUGAUUAUUCUGCACGGGGUGGACAAUGCAAUGUGGAUUCAGGAGGCCAUGGAAAAUACCAGUGGGACAUGGGACACUGCUCUGCAUUGAUCAAAGUUCUACCUGGAUAUGAGAAUAUAUACUUUGCUCAUUCCAGCUGGUUUACUUAUGCAGCCACACUGAGAAUAUAUAAGCAUUGGAACUUCAAUAUAGUUGAUCCAUACACCAGCACCAGCCGUGUCUCAUUCAGUAGUUACCCAGGCUUUUUGGUGUCCCUGGAUGACUUUUACAUACUGGGCAGUGGCUUGGUAAUGUUGCAGACUACCAACAGUGUUUUCAAUGAAACCCUCAUUAAACAAGUGGUGCCUGAAUCUUUGCUAGCUUGGCAGAGGGUCCGCAUUGCCAACAUGAUGGCAAAUGAUGGCAAAACUUGGGCAGAGACCUUCUCAAAGUGCAACUCUGGAACCUACAACAAUCAGUACAUGGUUCUAGACCUGAAGAAGGUCAAGCUGCAGAGGAGCCUUGAUGAUGGUGCAUUGUACAUUGUUGAGCAGAUCCCAACCCUUGUGGAGUAUUCUGAUCAAACAAAUGUUCUCCGGAAAGGUUACUGGCCUUCAUACAAUAUCCCUUUCCAUGAAAAGAUUUACAAUCUCAGUGGGUAUGCAUCAUACGUUGUCAAGUAUGGCAUGGAUUUCUCCUAUGAGCUUGCUCCAAGAGCCAAAAUCUUCCGUCGAGACCAGGGCAAGGUGACCAACUUGGAAAGCAUGAAGUACAUCAUGAGAUACAACAACUAUCAGCAUGAUCCUUAUGCUGAGCACAAUCCUUGCAAUACCAUUUGCUGCCGGGAAGACCUGAAUCCUUCUUUACCAGUGCCUGCAGGCUGCUAUGACUCCAAGGUGUCGGAUUUCCGCCUGGCUGCAGCGUUCACAGCCUCUGCCAUCAAUGGCCCUCCGGUGCAGGGCGGUCUCCCUGUCUUCAGCUGGACACGGUUCAACCGCACGCGGCACCAGGGCCUGCCUGAGUCAUACAACUUCGAUUUUGUCACCAUGAGGCCGAUCCUGUAAAACCAGCGUCAGUAUCCACUAGUGGAUUUUUUUUUUAAUGGAAAUAUUAUUUCUUGUGUAAUAAAUCAACCUGGAUGUCCACAUCCCUGUGCCUUAUACCUGCCUUCCCAUGUCCUGCCUGCUAGGCACUUUGUACUGAUAUUGGCUGCUUCACUGCAGCCCAAAGCGAGUUCCUCUUUUCUGAGCUGUUUGGGUGGCCCUUCCUCUGAGCAGGAUUGAUGAGAAGCAGGUGGCAGAGCUUUAUGUUGAUCUGAGCCAUCAUCACAGCUGUUCCCAGAGCAGGAGGGAACAGCAAUGCCACCAGUGAGAGUGAUCUGUUUCUAGUAGCAACAUGGAACCUGUGUCCAGAGCUGGGCCAAACCAGGUGGCUGCUUUGGGCUGUGAUGGCCUUACCCCAGUGCUGGCUCGAUGUCUGCCUUUUGUCUGAGUUGUGUGCUGCCAGUUGCUUCCCAUCAAGUGUGUGUUCUCCAUGGCAGAUCUGUCUGUUCUGUACAGGAUGUGACUUUCAGUGGCACUGUCAAGACUUCCUUUGUGUGGUCAGAGAAGCUGGCAAUGUCAGGCUGCAAAAGAGGGUGAAGGGAAGCAGCCUGGUGCUUUGGAAAUGCCCCUGGCUGCAGGGACAGAAAUGUGAUGCAAUUGAUCUCUUGCAAGGGAUCUCUCUCUUGGAAUGGAUCAGCCUAUGCAGUUGCUCAGUGCCAUCUUUGCCUGCUCUCUCAGAUGUGGCAGGGGAGUGUGACAGUGAGAUGGUGUGAGGGCCAGGGCUGUGCACAUUACUCUUAGCUACUUGUUUACAUCAAGGAGUCAAGUCACUAGGCUGUUUUGUGCUAGAUGUUCUGUGUGUAAUUAAGUAAAACAAAAUAAACAGCUUUUUCCUCAUGUC